AGGCCUCCAACAAGUACGCAGCCGUGCGCUGCGCCCGGGCGCGCAGUGUUGACCCGCGUCCUAGCAACAGGCGGGCGCCGACUGCGGCGGGGCAGGGCGCUGCAGUGCAUGUGCUAAGCUCAGGUCUGAGCACUGGCGGAUCCCAUGGGUGUGGCUCUGACAAAAUCGGCGCAGUGGACUGCUGCUGGGCAUGGAACUAGAACCCUCGAAAUCACCCCUCUAAAUGAAGCGAUAUUGAAAGAAAUUAUUAUGUUUGUGGAGAGUUUUAUCUAUAAACAUCCUCAAGAGGCAAAAUUUGUUUUUGCGGAACCACUUGAGUGGAACACAAGUUUGGAGCCCUCAGCAUUUGGAUCAGGUUAUGUUGUCAGUGAAACAACAGUCAAAUCAGAAGAAGUUGAUAAAAAUGGACAGCCUUUGCUAUUUCUCUCUGUACCACAAAUUAAAAUCAGGAGCUUUGGGCAGCUGUCACGCUUGUUACUUAUUGCCAAAACUGCGAAGUUGAAGGAAGCCCAAGCAUGUGUUGAAGCUAACAGAGACCCCAUAGUAAAAAUCCUGGGCUCCGAUUAUAAUACAAUGAAAGGAGACUCAAUUGCAUUAAAUAGUCUUGGUAAAAUUACCAGAGAUGAUGAUCCUGAAAGUGAAAUUAAGAUGAAGAUUGCUAUGCUGCUUAAGCAAUUGGAUCUGCACCUCCUCAAUCAUUCUCUAAAACAUAUUUCCUUAGAAAUAAGUUUAAGUCCUGUGGCGGUGAAGAAAGAUAUAGAACUGCUCAAACGUUUCUCAGGAAAAGGAGACCAAACAGUCUUGGAAUCUAUUGAAUAUACCUCAGAUUAUGAAUUUUCAAAUGGAUGUCGAGCCCCACCGUGGAGACAAACUCACGGGGAAAUUUGUUAUGUGCUGGUGAAACCUCACGAUGGUGAGACUCUGUGCAUUACUUGCAGUGCAGGAGGAGUAUUUUUAAAUGGUGGCAAAACAGAUGAUGAAGGGGACGUUAAUUAUGAGAGAAAAAGUUCAAUUUAUAAAGACCUUGUCACAUUUUUAAGAGAAAAAUCACCAACAUUUUCAGAAAAUAUGUCUAAACAGGUAAGUUUUAUGGUUUCUUUUGAGCUUUCAUAG